AUGGCCGAGCCGACGAACACGCCGAUGCCUCCGGGCACGCCAGUGCGCUCUCUUUCCCCCGAACCAGCGCUGCCCAGUCUGAUCCCAGACGCGAGCAAGUUUCUCCCGGCGCACCUCCGAACCUCUUCGGGGGGAAAUGCGGCCGCUCCGCCCAAACGGCCUAUUGUCCUCCACAUCGGCGACGAGAUCAAGUACAACCCCAAAACCUACGCCGAGUUCAGCACCGCGUUCGAAGUGGUCCGGCCGAGUGCCGCCGAGCGCGACCGGCCCGAGUUCAUACGCGCGUUGAAGGAGCGGAGAUGGGGCGAUUUCAGUGCCAUCUUCCGGCCGUUUUGGGGCACGGGCGGCGAGAUGGGCCGGUGGGAUGCCGAGCUGAUUGAUCUGUUGCCGGACACCGUGAAGGUGUUUGCGAGUGCCGGCGCGGGAUUUGACUGGGCCGAUACCAAGUUAUUGGGGGAGAAAGGCAUCAUCUACUGUAACUCGGGCCUCGCAGCUGCGGAGGCCGUCGCCGACUUUGCCGUCGCUAUGAUCAUUUCGACCUUCCGACACCUCCCCUGGUGCAUCUCCGCCGCGGUCUUCUCUCCCACCUCCUCAGACCCCAACACCCCUUCUACUAGCGCCGAAGCUUUCCAAACCUGCCACGCCCGCGCAACCGCCGUCUCCCACAACCCACGCGGCCACGUCCUCGGCUUAAUCGGCUUCGGCAACAUCGGCCAACAAAUCGCCGCCAAACUCGGCCAUCCCGCCUUCGGCAUGCGCAUCGCCUACUACGACGUCGAGCGCAAACCAGUCGACCUCGAAACCUCUCUCUCCGCCACCUUCCACCCAACGCUCACUUCCUUACUUGCCGCGUCGGACUGUGUCGUCCUCGCCACGCCGGCUUCGCCCGACGGGAAACCGCUCAUCACAGCCAGCACACUGGCGGCGUUCCAGCGCGGCACGCGGUUUGUCAACGUCGCGCGUGGCUCGCUGGUUGAUGAGGAGGCGCUGGCUGACGCGUUGGAUAAUGGAACGUUGAGUGCUGCUGCGUUGGAUGUGCAUGCUGACGAGCCGCGGGUCAAUGCGAGGUUGGUGGAGAUGGCACGAGCGCUUUUAGUACCGUCAUCGCCAACCACGGGGCGCGGGGCGUCAGGGCCGGGUCCUGGGAGGGUGAUGUUGACGUGUCAUAAUGCGGGCGGGACGGUCGAGACGCAUAUUGGGUUUGAGGAGUUGAGUAUGAGGAAUAUUUUGGCGGUGUUGAAGGGGGGAAAGGCGUUGACACCGGUGAAUUUGGGAUAUUUGAAGCAGGGUGAGUGA